AUGGCGGUGCCUGUACACCGUGAUCCAGACUGGUCAGACUCUGACGAAGAAGACGAUCGCUCAGAUAUCGAGACUUCCGUCCUGCUGGGUAUACCUGAUGGGCUGAUAGAGAAACAGGAAGACUUAGAUGACGCUGCUGUUUCGCGCAUAGGCGGACAUCCUGCGUUCUUACCGACUACCGAACCGCCUCUAUCAAGUUCACAGUGCAAGAACUGCUCUUUCCCGAUGGAAUUACUUGUCCAAUUGUGGUCUCCGUUUGAGAAUAGCACGAUGGACCGUGCGUUGUAUGUCUUUGGCUGUGCUCGCGGAGAGUGCCAACACAAGCCAGGCAGUGUUCGUGCAUUUCGUGGAUUACGUUUCAACGCCGCGUAUGCAGCCAAACUGGAGAAAAAGAAAGCCCAGCAGCGCGAGAAAGAGGCUGCCCGAAGAGAAGCAGCGGAAGAAGCGAAUAAACGGAAGGAAGCUGCGAAGGUUAACCCAUUCUCGAUGAACACCAGUUCUACCCCUACUGGUGGGCUGUUCGGUGCUGCUCCAUCCUUUGGAGGCUCCGGUCUGGGCACUCAGCUCUUCGGAUCCUCCGAACCCACUUCCGAACUACAAGGCGAAAAUGAUGAUGCCGCCCCUCCCCCUCCCGAAUCAGAACCAGAAGACUCCGACGAAGACUCCGAUUCCGAAGCUGAAUCCACACCUUCAGUCCUCGCCGCCCCAACCCAAAAACCGUCCUCCACCUCCCCGUGGUCAUCCAUCCCGUCCUACACACCAGCAUUCUACCUCAGCACCGCAACGGAGUACGUCCCUCCAGCGCCGAAGCCCAAGGUUCCUAUCGCUGCCGUAGACGAUGAGGAUGAUGACAUUGGUGCUGGACUUGGGAAGAGUAAAAAAGCAGAAGCUAGGCGUGCCGAGAAAGAGAAGAAGGGUCAAGAUGAAUUGAAAGGAUGGGAAAGCGCGAUGGAGGGAUACGAAGAUAGUAUGGAGGUUGAUAAGGUGUUUGAGAGGUUUGCGCGUAUUGCUGGGUAUGAAGGUGAACAAUGCAUUCGAUACGAACUAGGAGGCAUACCACUCCCCUACUCAAACGACACCAUCUUCAAGUCUCUCUUCCCUUCUUCCCCAUCCACCUCUAGCUCGUCAAUCUCAACAAGCACGAAAUUCACUCCAGCAACCCCAGCAAAUAACGCCAAUACACCCGCACGAAGAACAUACAACCCAACCCAACCUUCCCUCAUCCCACCCUGUCCCCGAUGUACCGCACCAAGAACGUUCGAAUGUCAACUCAUGCCUCACCUAAUAUCCGUCUUACAUUCUUCUUCCACCUCAUCAAACUCUACCACAACUUCCUCGAAAGCACCUACGGAAUCCUCUCCCUCUACAGCACUACCGCCCAACGACCAACGAGCCAUCGAACAACGUAAACGCGAACUCGAAUCUCUCCUCCACCCAUCAGGCGGGAACAACGACAAACGAGGAAUAGGUAUGGAAUGGGGAACGUGUAUGAUCUUCUCCUGUUCGAAGGACUGUCGUCUCGCCGAGCCGCAAGGCUCAAAAGAAGAAAAGGAAAUGAGGGAAGAGAGAGAAGUAUGGGCUGAAGAGGUCGUCCUCAUCCAAUGGGAUGAGUAGUCAACCCAUCAAUUGGUGGUCAACUGUCAGGGUCACGAUGCAAGUGUACGAAUAUAAAAAUCUGAUUAGGACAUAGAAGUCAUAGCAUGUACUAAAAUAUGGUUGGUUGGAUUGGAGAGACA